UUUACUGACCCUAUCUGAUGCAAUCUAAAAUUUGAGCAUCACUUAUUACGAUGACAGACUUCAAGGUCAUUUGAAACUUCUUCUUAGAGUGAAGUAGAAAUAACAAGGCCUUUAAGGUUUUACGAUAAGUAUUACAAUCAACUUAACUGAGAUAAAACAUGCAAAAAAAAAAUGCAGAUAGUUCAUCAUAUUCUCUAACGAAUGUGUAUAUAUUGAGUGGGGAAAAAAAGAUAAUUUCAAUAACUGCAUCUUGCUUAUUAAUAUGUUAUAGAUAUAUCUUCGCUCAAUUCAGUAUUUUAAAAUAAUUGUUUAAUGGUGAUUAUUUAGUUUGAAAAUGUUGAAACAGAUUCUCUCGGGAGAUUUAGGCCUGAAGAGUGAAAUUAUAAUUGGUGUUAUCGUUCUCGCUGUUGUAUAUUUAAUAACCACAGCUAUUAGAAGACACGGCAAGAAAUAUCCACCUGGACCCUAUGGAUUACCCUUAUUUGGAUAUGCGCCAUUUUUGACGGAAAAGCCGUAUUUAAAGUUUAUUGAAAUUAGUAAACAGUAUGGAGACAUAUUCAGUAUUAGUAUGGGCACCGAAAGAUGGGUUAUAUUAAAUAGUGCUGAUGCCAUAAAAGAAGCCUUGUUAAAACCAGAAUUCCUCAAUCGGCCACCAUACGGUCCAUUAACACCUUUUAAGAAAGAAAGUCCAUUCUUCACAAGUCCUAUUCAUGUGUGGCAGGAACAGAGAAAGUUUGUUGUGCAAUCUAUGAAGGAUUUGGGAUUAGGAAAAUCAAAAAUAGAAGAUCAUGUAAAAGAUGAAAUAAAUGCCUUUAUAGAAGUCGUGAAAUCCCAUGGUGGGAAACCAAUGGACCUCAAAGAGCCUUUAGCUCCAAGCAUGUCUAACAACAUUACAGCUUUGGUGUUUGGUGUCCGGCAUGAUUAUGACCAUCCCGACAGAAAGCUGCUAGACAAGAAUGCAGAAGAUAUCAACAAACAUAUCCAGGAACUCGGCUUUUUGCACCUCUUUCCUUGGAUGAAGCACCUUUAUUUUUCCAAAGACUCUAAAUACCAAAUUGUUGCUAAUGGCUUUAAAAGCAGUCAUAAGCUUUUCCGUAAGAUGAUAGAAGAACAUAAAAAAACUCUUGAUCCUGAAAACAUCCGAGAUUACGUAGAUAGAUAUCUAAUCGAGAUGAAAUCCCGGAAGGACAAGGAUCCUAAAACAACAUUUAAUGAAAAUACGCUAGCUGAUAGUGCUUCUGAUAUGUUUGGAGCUGGAAGCGAAACAGUGUUUACUUCUGUUUUGUGGUGUGUCUACAUCAUGGCAGCUUAUCCACAACUUCAGAAAAAGGUGCAGAAAGAAAUAAUGGAUGUCAUAGGACCUGAUAGGAUGGCAGAAUUAUUGGAUCAGAAAUCAAUGCCAUUCACACAUGCAACCAUCUUAGAAGUCUUACGUUUUAUAACAAUUGCUCCAUUGAACUUCUUACAUUACACUACAGUGGAUGCUACUCUGAAAGAUUAUUUCAUACCUCGUAAUACUGCUAUUUUGGCUAAUUUUUGGGCCGUUCAUCAUGAUACUAGAUAUUGGGAAGAUCCUAACAGCUUUAAACCAGAAAGAUUUAUAUCAGAAGAUGGAAAAUCUGUUGUUAAGCCUCCGAACUACAUGCCUUUUUCCAUGGGUAAAAGAUCCUGUCCAGGAGAAACCAUGGCUUACAUGGAGAUUUUUCUCUAUUUUGCGACAAUUUUGCAAAGGUUUAAUGCUGCUUUUCCCGAAGGUUAUAAACCCACCUUUAACUCACAUUUUGCAUUAUCACUAAGACCAGAAGAUUUUAAGAUUAGAUUUUUGAGCAGAAAUCAAUCUUAAAAAAAAAAAAUGCCUCCAUACUUCAUUAUAAUCUGGUGACAAUUGAAACGAAAAUGGAAAAAUUUUGAUUGUGCUUUUCCUGUUUUUUUAUUAUUUUUUUUAAAAUUUGGAUUUUUUUAAAUUCGCGUUGCUUGAUGAACUGUUCUUUUAUGACGUUUGUGAUAGUCGUGAAAUGCUAUAAACAAAUAAUUACCUCAAACAUCUAUUAUCAUGUCAUUAUGCAUCUUUAAAUGUUUUAGUACUUCAAAUUGUGUGAAUUUUACUUGGUAAAAUAUUAUAUGUUGUAAAAGACAAAGAAAUGUAUUCAUACUUCAGGGGAAAAAAUUGCAACCCCCUUUUUUUAAAACUUUUUUUACAUUAUUUGAAGUUGUUUACAGAUUAUUUUAAUUUAGUUAUUUAAAUUUGAUUUUGUUCAAUCUUCCAAUAUGAAUGAUACAUAAUUAGACGAUCCUAUUUUCAUAACAUUCCCGUUCAUUUGAAAUUUUUCAUUUUGUUUUAAGUUAUAUCGAAUAAUUUUUAGUUAAAAAUAAUUUUAUACCUAUUUGUAAUAAGGGACAAUUUUUGAAUUAAAAAGCGCUUCAUUACAGUAACUUGAAUUUUUCAGUUUUUAAUUUGUUAAAACAAUCAUUUUAUAAAUUGCAGCAAAAAAUUUUGAAUGUUACACGUACUUAGAUUUAAUGAGUAAAAAGAAGAAAAAAGAAACAAUAUUUUUUUAUGUUAAAAUAUUUAUUUUUUAAGCACAUCUGAAGCGUAAUUAUAUCAAUAGUUCAGGAAUACUUCAAUUAAAAUUUUUAAAAAAAGACAUACACAAAAAUUUGUAAUAAAUUGUCAGGAAAAUUUAAAAAGCUCGUUAGGAUAGCGUGAAAAGUAUCAAACGUCAAUGACAGAUUCUUCUAAUUCUUUCCACUGAUAUUACCACUUUCUGUUAUGUAUAAUUUUACAGUAAUUAAUAAAUAAAGUGUAAACGUUUUAAAGAACAUAUUACCAUAGUAAUUAUAUCUUUCUAACGAGGAUCCGAAUAAUCAUUUAUUUGCAAAUCAUUAAACACAAACUACAUAUUUGAAAUAUAUGAUAGUAGUAAAAACCCACAAAUGAAAUUAUAUUAUAAACAUGUAUUCAAAACUCAUCUGGCAAUUUCAAUUUGCAUAUUUUUUUAAAAGUUAAAAUGGAAUUAAGUAAAUCAUGUCUACCACGAAGCUCAUAUUUGAAUAUCAAAAGCUCAUACCAAAGUCUGACAAGUGUAAAACUGCUCUUUUUUAUGAGAUGGUAUUGUAUAAUCACUUGAUAAAGAUGUAAAACUUAAUAAAUGACAAUAAAUUAAAGCAUAUUAUGACAAAUUGUGAACAAAAACAGAAUUGUAUCUUGUAUCUGAAAAAUGAAAAAGUUGGUUCGAAGUAUAACACUCUCUUGAUAUUUAUAAUGCUUGCUUAAUACAUAUUUAUUUGAAAAAUAUUAUAAUAUUCUUAUCUUCUAAAAUGUGAAGAAAACUUCUUCCGUCGCCCAAAUACAAUAGUUACAUCUUACGUAUCAUAGAGAAUUGAUUUACUUAAUAAUUUAGUAGAGUUUAAUACUUACCUUAAAAAUUAUAUAAGGACUAGCAACGGUUAAAUGUUUCGGAAAGUAUAAUUUUAAUUCACAUGCUCAAUAAAAACUACUAAAGAUUGCUUAAUUCAGUCAAUUUUUUACAAUUCUUCAAGUUCAAACAGGCUAAGUUAUUGAAAAGUACAAUUUAAGGCAACUUUUUUAAAAAAAAAAUUGAUUUAUACCUUACGGUAUCAGGAAUUAAAUAAAUCUAACUAAAGGUUUAUUAUGACCACAAUGUUAUAAUAUGAAAAAUACUUCGAAGUUAGUAAGCUUGAGUUAAAACAACAUUUAUGUGUAUAAAUCCUUAUAUAAUAUAUACUUAUUUAAUUCAUUUUUUGCGUAGACAUGUGCAUGCAUUUUUAUAAAUUGUUUCUUUUUAAAAUCUGCAGAAAUAUUUCUUCCAUUUUCCAAUUAUAAUUGUUACGAAAUAAACACAUCUUAUAGAUUAUA